CAGGAAGAGUCAUGGAGUAACUGAAGGGUCAAACAUAUAUGUCCUCCUGAGUGAAUUUAGGACGUCAGAAAAGUAGUGAUGCUUCACAGAGAAGCAGAGUCUGUGAACACUGCUGUCUAGCUGUGCGCAUUUUCAUGACUCAAAACUGUUUUUGUGUGGCUGGAAACCCGGAAAUGAAGUGAAGUCUGAAGGCAAGGGGGGGGGGCAAGCUCACAGAGAGGCAGAGAGACUCGAACCACUGACAGUCCGCUACACACACACGCUGGUCUGAGCUCAGCAGACAACGCAGGAACUUUUUUCCCUUUCCACUCCGGACUACAACCUUUCGGAUACGAUGCUAGCAACGCUCCGAUCCGCCUCCGCGCGCGUCCAUCAUCAGUGCUGACACACAGGACACGCGGACCGAGCCGAGGGCGCGCGGAAGGAGCCGAACUUUUGGAGAGAAUUCGACAGCGACGAUGCGCCAACCUGCGAGAAUGAAGUGCUAAAAAAGCAAGACAAGGGGUUUUGCUCGAAGAGUUCCUUGCCAGACCGCAGCUCACCUCCGGAGGAGCGAGACGCACCGUUUUUACGCAAAGACACGCCAGGAUGACCGUGAAGCUGGACUUUGAGGAGUGUUUGAAAGACUCUCCACGUUUCAGAGCUGCCAUCGAAGACGUCCAAACCGACGUGAGUGAACUCGAGACUCGACUAGACAAGCUUGUGAAACAAUGCCAGGCAAUGUUGGAUGCGGGCCGGGCUUAUUGUCAGCACAGCAAGAGCUUUUUCAAUGGCCUGCGGGAACUGGGACACCAGUGUUCCAGGGACAAGAUGAUGGAGGAAUGCCUGGGCACAUUUUCCACAAAGUUGUCAGUCAUCCUGGAGGCUCAGGGGGAAAUGAUCGAGACCACCCAGAAGUCGGUGAAGACAAAGCUGCAGAACUUUGUGAAGGAAGAUGUUCGUCGUUUCACGGACGUGCGCAAAAAGUUUGAGCGCAGCAGUGAGAUCCUGGAGGGGGCGCUGGCGAGGAACGCUCAGGCUCCACGGGGGAAGCAGCACGAGGUGGAGGAGGCGAGUAACGCUCUGUUAAAUGCCCGGAGGAGCUUCCGAUGCGAGGCUUUGGACUACGUUCUCCAGAUAAACGUCAUUGAAGCCAAGAAGAAAACCGACAUUGUGAUGGCUAUGCUGGUGCUGAUGGACGCCCAAGCCCAGUUUUUCCAACAAAGCCACGAGUCUCUUUCCGAGCUCGAUGAAUAUCGACAGAAACUGUCUGAAGAGCACACCCAGUUUGUCCUAGACUCUGCCAGGGAAAAGAGAGACAUGGAGCAAAAACAUGCAGCAGUCAAGACGAAAGAUGUGUCCUAUGAUGACUCCAUAAUGGACUUUAAUGCUGACUCAGCUAAUGGGAUUGCAAUGGAGGGCUACUUGUACAAGAGAGCCAGCAAUGCCUUUAAGACCUGGAGCAGACGUUGGUUUUCGAUUCAGAAAAACCAGCUGGUGUAUCAGAAGAAAUUUAAGGAACAGCCCACGGUUGUGGUGGAGGACCUGCGUCUUUGCACAGUCAAGACCAGCUCUGAAAACGAGCGACGGUUCUGCUUUGAAGUGGUGUCCCCUUCAAAAUGCUGCUUGCUGCAGGCGGACUCAGAAAGGCAGCAGCAAGGAUGGAUCAGCGCCGUCCAGAACAGCAUCGCCUCAGCUUUCCAAGAGCGGCGGGAGGAUACACAAAGCCCGAGACAGCGCUGCAGCUCCAUGUCGCAGAGCAUAAUGCGCUCCGGAGGAAGCGGAGGAUGCGUGGAUCAGGAGAACAACGACUGCCAGGCGCUGGAGGACAUCCAGGCGAUCCCGGGGAACAGGCAGUGCUGUGACUGCGGGGAGCCCAGCCCUGAUUGGGCCUCCAUCAACCUGGGCAUCACGCUGUGCAUUGUUUGCUCUGGAAUACACAGGAGCCUGGGAGUUCAUUUUUCCAAAGUGCGCUCACUCACACUUGACUCCUGGGAGCCAGAGCUCAUUAAGUUAAUGUGCGAGUUGGGAAACAACGUGAUCAACCGAAUCUAUGAGGCACGGAUUGACGAGAUCACCAUCAAGAAGCCCAACCCCGCAAGUCCAAGGGGGGACAAGGAGUCAUGGAUUCGAUCAAAAUAUGUUGAAAAGAAGUUUAUUCAAAAACUGCCGGAGACUGGCAGGAACCCUCAGCUGACCCGGUCAAACAGAGCGGCCACGCUGACGCAAAAACCGCCUCUCAAGCCCAAACCGAGCCGAACACUCCUGCCUCGCAAAUCAGGAGGGAGCCCCAGUGAUAACCAAAAGAGCAGUUCAGACUUCAACAAAGAAGAGGAAGAGGAGGACCUCAGCGGGCUUCAUCCCGGAGCGUUGCUGUACCGCUCGGCCGCUCUGCAGAACUUCCCCCUCAUGGCCGACGCCCUGGCCCACGGAGCUGACGUCAACUGGGUCAAUCCGUCCGAGGAGUCCAGCACGCCGAUGAUACAAGCCGUGUUGGUGAACGCCCUUGCAGCCUGCGAGUUCCUGCUGCAGAACGGAGCCAACGUCAAUCAGGCUGACAGCAAUGGGAGGGGCCCACUGCACCACGCCACCAUCCUGGGUCACACAGGGCUGGUUUGUCUCUUCUUGAAGCGCGGCGCCGACUACAACGCCCGGGAUAAGAACCAAAAAGACCCCUUAAGCAUCGCCGUGGACAACGCAAACGCCGACAUCGUCACUCUGCUGCGGAUCACCAAAAUGAACAAGGAGAUGCGGGAGAUGGACGGAGCGUUCGGCCAAUCAGGUGAUGAAACCUAUCAGGACAUUUUCAGAGACUUUUCACACAUGGCCUCAAACAAUCCCGAGAAGCUCAGGCGCCGCAGCAUGGACCCCAAAUCCUAACCAGCAAAAAAAAAGGCCUUCCUCUCGCCCCACCCUGCCUGUCGCAUCUCGACUCCACAUGUUUUUACGCUGGAACAGAAGCGUUUCAGCUCUCAGGCAUGCAGACACGCGCUCCUUCUGGCUCCCUGCCAUUCGUUCGGUCACAGCUCAGCUGGUGCUGGCUUGAGAGGGUCCGAGUGCCCCCACACAGGGAAUUCUUUGUGUGAGCGUUGUGUCAAAUGGAACCAGCUUCACGAGGCCAGUGUGAGGUGUGCUUACGUUGCCGCUCAGACGGCAACACUGCUGUGCCAAAAGUUGCAAAUAAAACCUGUAAAUCUUUUUUUUUUUAUUCAAAAAGAGAUAUUUUUAUGACAUUUUGCUUUCUAAACUGAUUUUAUAAAGACAUUUUCUGAUCAAAAUCCACACAGUAAAAGUUGUCAAAACUAAAAAUGUUUUCCUUUACCGUGAAUUGUUUGAAAACAUUCCAGCCAAUGUUUGUCAGUUCUGUUCACAUUUAUGUAAGGUACUUAAAAUCUGUGUUGUGAACAAAUAAACCACAGUAGAAAAAUUUC